AAAUGUGACUGUGUGAUGUUGGCGCUCGCCGUGCUGCUGAAGAUCUUUCGUUGAAGUAGUUCAACAUGGAGCGAAGUGGCUCCAAGAAAGUUUGCGGAGCCCCAAGCGUCUGACUUAUAGAGACUACAAUGCACCAUCGAAAGAAGCUCCGUCUCCGCGACUGGCUUGUAAUGAAUAUCAAUGAAGGUCGAUUUGGUUUAAGAUGGGAAGGAGACCCAAAGGACAGAAUGUUCAGAGUACCCUGGAAACACGGCAGCCGGCAUGGAUGGAGUGUGGAAGAUGCUGCUCUGUUCCAAGCAUGGGCAACAUACACAGGAAAGUAUAAGGAAGGCAGGGAUAAAGCUGACCCUCGAAAGUGGAAGACAAAUUUUAGGUGCGCCUUAAACGCACUGCCUGAUAUCAAAGAAAUACGCACCAAGAGCUGUCCGCGUGGGAGAGAUGCUUUUAAAAUUUACCGGAUGAGGCCGUUACGAGGAAGAGAGAAUCCGCCUUCAUUAUCUACCAGUCAGACAGCAGAAAUAAGAAGAAGCGAACCAGUAUUUCAGCCUUCAAGACCAUCUUUUAGAGAGACAGGUUUUCAGACUUUGGGCGUGUUUUACCAGCCCUCUCCUUACUCAGCCCCGCUGGAAGCUUGUGACACGUGGUCGUGUCGAGAUAAAAGAGCAAGCACAGGAUUGAGUGACGACGAAAUAGUCAACUUGGUACAUGAAAUGAUGAGUGAAGCAAGUUCACCAGCUUAUCUAAGCUCACCAAAUCUUAGUACUCCAGGAGGAAGUGCGGAUUCAUACCAUGCUAGUGUGAAUCCAUUUCAGUUCCCAUGAUGCCUCUAGUUUUCUCACAGCUUGUUUCACGACCAGACUUUCUUGAAAAGAGGUCUGCGUUGUUCAAAACACGAUAUAGCCGACUCAGAGAGUUGGUGCUGUUUAUGUUCUGUUUCGUUCAGUUUUGCCUUAUCUAAUGAUAAAAUAACUCAAAAAUUGAACAAUGAUACAAGUUUUUUUUAACAUAAAAAACCAACCUUAACACUUAAUGCCGUGUUAAUGCAAUCAUUUUUUUAAAGAGCAUGUUCAUAGGCUCUUAGAUUGUCGGUAAGAGAGAAUCAAGCCAAGAAGACUGAUUGUGUGUACGCAACCAUUCUUAAGGAAAUCUGUCUUGGCAUAGAAUCCAUACUAGUUUUUUGGAGAACCAAAGAGAAUCUAGAAAUAACUUGUCUUCUUCACAGCUCUUUGAUGUCACGCUCUCCCAAAAAUUGCACUGUGUUGUGCGACAUCCCAUAGGACGACUGCGAUAAUGACUAAGAAAUAACCAAUCUUGUGCUGCGAAUGUUUCUCACGUGGACAUCACAUGAUGUUGCAUUAUCCUCCAGGAAAACGGAUAAGGGAUGACCGUUAAAACAAUGUCCUGGGUCGAGUUGUUCAAAGGUAGAUUAAGAUAUCUCAGGGUUAGUGUGAAAUUUGAUUUCAGAUCUGAAAGCUUUAAAAGAAAAUUCAAUUUAAUUCCAUGUGUCUACAAUUU